AUGCCGUCCAAUUUGCGCCGGCUAGCUGCCGACCAUGCUGCCUUACACCGUGAUCUUCCGCCGUACUACUUGCAGCCAUCGGAUGGUGACGAUCUGUCACAGCUGACGAUUCUCCUCACGGGCCCGGCGGGCACACCUUUUUCACAAGGAUUAUGGGAGCUCCAUCUUAAGAUGCCCGAUGACUAUCCUAAGAGCCCCCCAAAGGCUACAUUUAAGACAAAGAUAUGGCAUCCGAACAUGGAGGAGCUCACUGGAGCUGUCUGUGUAGAUACACUUAAGCGGGAUUGGCAGCCCAAUCUAACCCUCCGCGAUGUGUUGGUGACAAUCUCAUGUCUCCUUAUCUACCCCAACCCUGACUCUGCACUCAAUGCUUCUGCAGGCGCUCUCAUGCAAGAAAACUAUGACGCCUUCGCACACCAAGCCAAGCUUAUGACCUCAAUCCACGCCCCCAUCCCGCCGAACCUCAAAGUCGCAGUGACUGAAGCCAAGCUCCGGGGUGAGGAAGUAGGGACCACACUUGAGCAGAAAGAAGAAGACCCAACCAUUAAACGUCCGCGGAAACAAGCCCGCACCCACACCUCCGCAAUGAAGAAAACUGCUCGCAACACCAGUGCAUUUGAACAGCUGCCACAGCCCUCACAUUCUUCACAAUCGUCUUCAAAUCCUUUCGCCCAAACCACCCCGCCCAUGACAGACGAGGCCAUGAGCGACAGCGACCACGACGACCCCGCUAGCGCAAGCAAAGAAAACAACCCAACUUUUUCCCCCUCUCCUGUCUAUUUCCCGCCCCCAAGUCCCCGUAAAACAGCUUUGGGAAAACGUCCCCUCUCUGUCCUCUCAAUUGCAUACCCCGAAGAUUCCGAUGUAGACAUGAUGCUCAUCGACUCCGACAAUGACAACGAUACCCCCGCCAUGACCUCCAACGAACGAAACAUCACCGCAAACACACAUUCCCGUACUUCAUCACCACUACGGAAAACCCCCAAGCUCUCCCUACUCUGUGGUGGAGUCAACGCCUCCGGCCGUCUCCGCGAUGAGAUGCCAAUAUUCGAAGAUUUGCCCCAGCUGCCCAUGCAAGAUCCCCUACGCCGGCUGAGCGGGGAUGGCAAAGAGAACCGUGGAUCCGCCACCGCGCGCGGGUUGAAAGAGAAGCGCGAAUACCACCCCAUGAAGACACUCAAUGGCUCUGCUCCCCCUUCUCCAGCACAUGCCCAACUACCCACGCCAUCACUUUCAUCGUCAUCUCUCUCAGGUUCCUCCACUGCUGGAAUCCCUAAGAAGAAAGCGGCGAAUGGCCUGUACAAACGUCUUGCCGUCAGAGCAAAGCCGCGCAUUGGAAUUCGCCGGCUUUGA